AUGCGCUUCUCCUUCCUUGCUGCCCUCGCCCUCGUUGGCACUGCCUUGGCUGCUCCUGCGGGCCCUAACAGGUCCGCUGCUACGAUUCCCAUCGGACAAACUUGCAAUAAGGACGGCAGCAUGGGCAUCUGCGAGAGUGGAUACUGUCUGCAAGACGAAAAGGCGGCUACCGGUACCUGCCAGGCGCAGUGA